UCUCGAACACGGCGGCGAGGAUGUCGGCCGGCAGGGGACACGGGUGGAGGUGGGAGCAGGGGUGCUCACCAACCUCGCAUCCAUGGUGAUCCAAAUCCUGAUCCAAAGCGAGGGGCGCGUGAUGAAGGGAGGGCUAGAGCUGCUGAAGAGCCCAAGGCGCGCGUGCUGGGGAAAGAGAAAGCGAAGCUUCCUUCCUUGUCAGGUACUCCAAAAGCUGCUAACUCUAUCAAAUGUUUCAGAUGUACUGAGGCAUAUGGCGGUUAGAAAUGCAAACAAUCUGGGCAUAUGGCGGUGGAAUGUGGUAGUUUACCUAACAGAAAGCUCAAGAUGUUUGGCUUCGCCGUCUCUGGUCAGGGCUUUUACUCGAUUGAAAUUCCUGACAAAGGAAUACCAGAGAAGUACAAUGGGUUAGUCAUGGUUGUUGAAGGGGAAGCAACUGAGAGAAGGUUGAGGAUGAGCUCAAGAACCUGAUGAGUGAGAAAUGGGACUUUCAGGUUAGGAAAUUUACUGCAAAUGAGUUCAGAGUAGCCUUCCCAGAUCAGAAUUCACUGGAUACCUUCUCCAAAUUGUCUAAAAUUGUGCUUGGCGUUUAUGGUCUGAAAGUGAGGAUUUCCAAAUCAAUGGUGGACCCUGCUGCAUCUGCUGUGUUACAGCCAGCUUGGAUUAAAAUACAUGGGGUGCCAGGCUUUGCCCGAGAGGAGGACAUUAUCAGGGAGAUCACAGCUCUAGUGGCUGAACCCAUCAAGGUGGAUGAGUUCAGCCUGCUGAGGGAUGAACCAGUCAGGGUUCGAGUUAAUUGCAGGGACCCUUCCAAGAUUAGAACCAUUGUAGAAAUAUUUUUCAAUGGAGUUGGGUAUGAAAUCAGUUUCAUUGCACAAGGUGUACAAGGGAGAACACAGGGCAGAGGAGAUGGGCCUCCAGGAAGCCAGAACAGGCAUGAUGACAGAUCUGGUAAGAAAAGGGGGAAGGACAGAGAAGAAGAUGAUAACAUGAGGAAAAUGGACAGACAUGACAAAGAAGAUGGGCCUACAGAUAGAGAGAUGGAAGCCAGUUAGGGGGAUUCUCAAGACGAUAACAUGGACAACUUGAUUAGAGAUGGAUCACCCACUGAGGAGGCUAUGGAUAAGGAGGUAACAGCCGAGGGAGCUGUUCCUUUGGCUGCAUAUCACCCUGAUAUUGGUAUGGAAAGGCUGGAGGGACAGCUGAUAGAGAAAAAUAUCAGAGGUUGAGGAGCAGAUUGGUGCUGAAGACAGCGUACAACCUAUGGCUGAAAAUUUCAGCGAUCUUACUGACAACUUGCUUAGUCCUGUGGGGGGCACAGUGACUCAAGACAGUCAGGUCUCUGAAAACUUGUCUCCUGAAAAUACUGGGACUCUUGAUGAGAGGAAUUCAAAGUGCCCUGAUGGGAAAAUUCUGGUCCAUAAUCAAGAAGGGGUGUAUUUCAUGGAUAAAGACAGGUGGCCAACUUUGGAGAUUGCUGCUGGUCCUCAAGACCAGAUUUUAACACAGGAAGAGGAUCUGAUGGACAAUACUGCUAUUCAGUUGGAGGAGCAGACUGAUAAGGAAGACAGUCAGGAGUGGGAAGUUCAGAAACCAAAGAAGAAGGGUGGGAGACAGAAAAAGAAGAAACAACCAGCAGUGGCUACCAGAGCUAGUGCAAGGGUGCCUAGGGAUGGUGUGCCUAUUGCUGCCAAAGAUAUUGCCAGAGCACAGAAGAGGGAUGAUUCUUUGCAAGAAAUGGCGACCUUUGCUCGGAGCACCUGAUCAAACGGAGAUAGCAAACCUGGGAGAGAAGAUGAAGACGUGGCUACACAACUUCUCACCGAGCAGCGUGGUUGUUUCAGAUAUUGUGGAGCUUUGAGCGUUCUUCUUUCGUUUUACCUUUUUCUGAUGUGUAAUGCUCUUAUCAUGUUAAAUGGGUAACCCCUAUUCUUGUACCGAACUUUAUUUGCUUUCAAGAAAAGCAGAGUGAUCUCCUUUCAAAAAAGAGAAUGUCGGCCGGCAAGCCUGUUCAGUCAGAGGCCGCCGCGUCCGGCGAUGGAUCCAUCAGCAGUGGUUAAUUUGGAGUUUGGAGCGCCAUUUUGUUUGGCUUGCAGUUGGGACUUGCGGUUCAUCAGCCACGAUCGCAGAAUCGGGCUCUUUAAUGCAAUUGGCUUUCACGUGGGC